AUGAAUUCCACAACGGUGUCUUCUAUCCAUUCCACAACUGUGUGUUCAAUGGAGCCCCAGCAUGCCUCCAUUUCUGCGCUGAUUUGUUUGGUCCUCAUAAUUGGGCUUCUCCUAAACAUCUUCAGCAUGUGGGUGUUCAAGUACCGCACUCCUGAGUGGAAGUCUGGAACGGUUCUCCAGUUCCACCUGGCCAUCAGCGAUCUCAUUGUAUGUCCCUUAGCACCCUUUUUGACAGUUUACUUUGCCUUAGGGAACUGGCCUUUCGGAAGGGCGAUGUGUUACAUCAAGAUGAUCCUGCUGGCCGCCCACUUCUACGGUAGCAUCUUCUUUCUCACCCUCAUAAGCAUCCACCGUUAUGUAUCCGUGGUCUCCCGCGGUCAGGAAUUCCGCAUGAAGCAAAAAAAAUUUGUAAUGAAGCUUUGCUUAGGAAUUUGGGCUUUCGUACUGAUUAUGGGAGUGAUGUGUAGUCUCUCUCUGGACAUAAGCACAGUGGGAAACCGCACGCUGUGUCUCAGCAUCCAUCAGGAUAAAUACAGCAAUAGGUUUUUUUUCUCUAACUUCAUCCUACUCUUACCAGCAUUCCUGAUUCCUUUCAUGAUAUCUCUGAUUUGCUACAGCCUCUUGGUAAAAUCCAUGUCUAGCAUCAACAUCUGCAAUCCGAAAGGCAAGCUCAUGAAGAGUAAGUCACGCAAAAUGGUGGCUGUUUGUUUGCUGAUUUUCGGACUGUGCUUCAUGCCCAUGAACGUGAUUCGUUCCAUAAUGGUGGUGGUCAAGAAAUUCUACCCCGAACACUGCAGUCUGCUUUUGCGAUUGGAAACAUCGUACUACGUUUCCUGGAUCCUUUCUUCGGCCAACUGCUGUCUUGAUCCGCUGAUCUAUUGCUUUGCCUCACAGAACUUCAGGGCAGCCUUCCGCAGCUCACUGAGAAAAGUAGGAGUCAGGUUCCCAGAAACUCGUGACGAUGUUGAGCCUGAGAGCGCUGCGACCACCCAGGUCAUCCCAACUCCUAGGACGAUUAAGAGGAGAAGCAUAUCCAUCACUCAAUUAUAAUUGCUGUUCACCCUAGAUGAGAUUAAAAUAACAGGACUCAUAACUCAAACCUGCAUGAAGACU